AUGAAAUCACCAUUGCUCAAAUCUGAAAAAGGCUCGCAUUAUACUCAAAGGAGACUGUCUAAAAGCCUUUCUAUAGAGCAGUUGCGUUAUGAGCAGCAUGGUCCUUUGCGUACUUUACUAGAAUUAAGUGUUGGACCAAUAAUUUAUAUGGUUGGAAUCGCCAUUCAUGAUGCAAUAGACUUAUUACUCAUUUCUAAAGCGUAUUCGCAAACAGAAGUUACAAUUGUUGGCUUUGCUUCGACCGUCAGAUAUUUAUGCAUGGCUGCGAACAUUUAUUUUAGCACAGCAUGCGUUACUCGUACGAGUGCUCUCAUUGGAGCUGAUGAUUAUACUACAGCAUCACAAGUUAUUGCAGAUUUAUACAGAUUAGCGUUUUUAUCAAUGAUUAUUAUUCCAGUCAUAUGUUACUUCAUCGCAAACCCUCUACUAAAAUACAUGGGCUGCACCGAACAAAUGGCAGUUGAAGCCUGCAAAUAUUUAAUACCUGAAUUAUCAUUUAUGCCUCUAAUUUCAACAUUUCAGAUGUCAUGUGGACUCUUACAAUCUGAAGGUCGAUCUAUACUUGCAGGAUUGAUGCAAUUUACUGCAUUUGCUUUAAAUUGUGGAUUUUUUGGUCCAAUUUUCCUUUUUGUAAUCAAAAUUCCAUUUAGAUAUGCUGGGAUUGCAUUCUCUCUGUCGCAAUCUCUCCCAGGAAUAGUUCUUACAAUACUAAUUUUCAGUAAUAAAUUUGAUUCAAUAACUUCAUGGUCAAAUUUGAUCAAAAAGCCGAUUUCUGAUAUAUACAUUGGCCUAAAAAUAGCAUCACCGUACAUUCUGAAUGUUAUUAUGGGCCUUUUCCCUCCUUUGGUUGCAAUUAAUUUAAUGACAACAGCAGCGGUUUCUCAAAACAUGAUUGCUCAGUGUGGACCAUGUUUAUCUGUCUUUUUCAAACUUCAGCCUCUUGUCAAUUGUUUUUCCAUUGCUUUUGGACAAGGAUUACUCGGUCCAGGUACAUAUGCAUACAGUACUAAAUCCUAUGAACGUCUCAAGAGGUUCUUUUUCUAUGCUCUUUCGAUCAGUUUAGUUCUACAACUUGUAUUGAUUCCUGUUUUAAUUGCGAUGCCAGUUCCUGUUGCGAAGAUAUGGCUGAAAGAUCCAGAAACACUUGAAUACGCGAGAAUCAUGAUUCCGAAACCAUUUUAUACUAAUUGGAUAACAGGAGUGAACGAAAUAGUCACAGCAUUGUUACAAUGCAUGGGAUAUGCAUGGACAGCGAUGAUGCCGAGUAUUGUGAGAGGAAUUUUCUACAUUGUUUACUCAUUAAUUUUAUAUUACACAAAUAAGACUAAUUCUAUAAGAAUGAUAUAUACAUAUUGUUUGAAUGAUACAACUAUACUUUUGUUAGAUAUUAUUAUUGUUAUCAAACCUCUCAAAGAACUAUUUAUACAACAUUCAAAAAUUGAUGAAAAAGAAAGUAAAAAGAAUGAUAUUACAUCUCCUGGAUCUGAUUUAGUAGGUCUCACGGUUUGA